AUACGCACAGGCCACCCUUUUUUUAAAUGGCACGUGCCAGGUCAUCCGGCUUAGUAACUGGUGCGCAACGUUACAAGGCUGACAACUCCAAAGGUUCUGUCCCGCGAUAUCAUCAAACAACUAUCAGACCCCGGGGAGCAACGAUUGAACCUUCAAGAUGUCUGAACGGAAAGUCCAAAGCAAACAUUACCCCGCGGACUUCGAUCCGCGCAAGCUCGGCCGGUCUCGCGCGCCGAAGCAGGUUGGGCCCCGAGUGCAGAGCGUCAGGCUAAUGCUCCCUUUCUCUCUCAAAUGCACCACAUGCGGAGAAUACGUCGGCAAGGGGAGGAAGUUCAACGCGCGGAAGGAGACACCGACCGACGAGCGCUACCUCGGCAUCCAACUCUUCCGAUUCUUCAUACGCUGCCCGCGCUGUUCAAACGAGUUAGUCUUUAGGACGGAUCCCCAGCGAGGAGACUACCAGUUAGAGAAGGGUGCCGUAAGGAAUACGGACCCGUGGAAGAGAGGCCUAGGCGAGGACCCGCUGCGCGACGAGACGGACGAUCAGAGGUUGGACCGCCUGGAGCUCGAGAUGGCCGAGGAGGAGGAGAGGAACGCCAUGGCCGAGCUCGAGGCAAAGACCGUCGACGCGAAGAGGGAGAUGGCGGUGGCCGACGCGCUAGACGAGAUCCGGAGCAGGAAUGCGCGGAUCGAGCGGGCGCAUAGGGAAGGGGGCGUUGUCGGCGUAGUGGAGCCGAUCGUGGGCUCGGAAGAAGAGGAGAGACUGAGGCUGGAGAAGGAGGAUGAGGAGGCUGCGAGGAGGGCGUUCGCGUUUGCGAAGGAAGCGGAGCAGAUUGAGCUGCCGCUUGACGACGAAGAGGAUGGCUCGUCGGAUGCCGUGUCCUGGAACUCGAAGGGGAUUUCUAAUACAACUCCGGAUGUUGCUCUGCAACCAGAGCCUGCCGUUACUGUGGCACCCCUGACGAGUAUGCCGCCACCGAGCUUCAAGCGGCAGGUCAAAAAGAAGAAGGACCACGCGGCGCUCUUAGGGAUCAAGAAGAAGAAGCCUCUGGUGUGACUGGUCUCAAGCUGAACCUUUGGCGAUAUACAGCAACACCUCCAUACGUAGUUCCGGUUCUAAAUGCGGACGGCCAAACUGGCAGCUCACUACGCGUCGCUUUCGGCUGAAGCAUAAUGGGGAAACGCAGGGCGCCUUGGUGGACGGAGCCGUCAAAGUCCCUUCGGACAUGUCAUGCUGGAAAGUCCGGGUUUUAAGGCCAUCCGAACAUGAAACCGCCGCCCUCCUUGUGAGGGCAUGUCAGAUGCAGGGGUGUUCCAUAGACAUCGAGACACAUAACCAAGGAGGCAUGAGUAUACAACCUCUCUGCUGACGAAUAUUGCGGAUAACGAGAACUCGACAAACUUAGUCGUUAACCCGUACCUGCAAACAGACAUGAAUAUCUAAUCAAGUGGCCAUCAGGCGAGAAUGCCCCGAUUUCAUGCAAUUCUACUAUAAAAUCCCAGCUU